AUGAAUUCGACAAUUUCACUCAUUUUCUUCGCUUGUUUUGUUGCUUUGGCAUCGGCGAAAACUUGUAAAUACACAAGUGGAGAUUUGAAUGUUCAUUGGAUUUAUGCGAAUAAUUCGAUUCAGAUUCAAUUCCAGAAUAAGAACUUGAAAAAUGAUCAUUGGACUGGAAUCGGUUUUGGUAAUGAUAAGGUGAGUUCUAAAAGUGGUUUAAAAGCUUCAAAAAUAGAAUUGAAAUUCAAGUUGCAAUUCAAGAUUAGGCUAAGGUUUUAUGAACAGUAAAAUAUCUUAACCUUUCCUUUAGAGUUCAAAAUUCGAAGAACGGAAAUUUUUCAGAACAACAUCCCAUCAAUCAUUUUCCUUCUCACAAACAAUGUUAUCACAACUCGCUCAGUAACUCUUGGAGAAGAAACUGCCCCAGUUUUCACCAACACCAAUUCAUCAAACACCAAUUAUCAACUCAUCUAUUCCGGAUAUUUCCCACAAGACAAAACUAUCAACGCAGUUUUGAAUGUGAGCCCAAACUUUGGUGGACAACAACUUACCCAAUGUCAAAAAUGGAAUUUCUUCAAAAAGGGAAAGAUUAGCAAUGGAAAUGUUGAAAAAUCCGAUAACAAGCCAAGCAAAAAGGUUUGUUUAUAUUUUUCCUGAGAUUUCUUGAGAUACUAAAUUUAUAUUUUGCAGAAGGUCUGUGCCACUCAAUGCCAAUAA